AUAAAGGGAAAACAGUUUUUCAAAAAACGACUGACUUUUUUUCUGAGUAUCUUUUUCAUGGAAAACUAAACUAAACUGAGAGUCAAAAUCAUCCGAGAAUUUAAUGACGCUCAAUUUGUAGGGAGAUUUCACCCCACAGUUGCAAAAAGUAUCAGUGCAGUACAAGAAAAAAUUUUCCUUGCAUGUUCCCAUCUUGCAAUUUAAGGAGAAGAGAACUAGUAUAAUAGUUUUGAAUAGUCACCAUUUUAGCACCAUUUCCUGCCAAUCUCAUCUUCAAAUGCGAAAUCCGAUGAUGCGAAAGAAAUCAUGUGACUUUUAGAUUUCAGUGUGGAAGUAAGCUUCCUGUGUUUGCCAAAAGAUGACACCACCGGUAGGAUUACGGGCAGAAAUAUACGAUUUUUGGAGUCAAAUUAAACGAUCAAUUAAAUCCGGAUAGGUGAUGGAUUUCAGCCGUUUUUUUUAAAUAGGAAAUGGAGCAUUCAAGUGAAGACGACCUAGGACUAAGUGAGCAAAUUUCUGAAAAUAAUUUACGUAACCGUAGCUUUAAAUUUCGAAUGCAAACCUUUUAAGAAACACUCUCGAGCAAUGUCCGGUAAUUCGACUGACUAUUUUCCGUCUUUAAUCUUCGGGGGAUUCUCCAGAAGGGCGCACCACUCAACGCAUGUUGACAAAAAACAUCGUCGUCAUCAGGUCGAAGUUGAUGUUCGAUUUUCGAUAACCGAAAUCAAACUGGGUUUUUCUCGUCGAUCUUAAAUUAGCGUUGUGAGUUCCCUUUAUCGCUGAAUUAAUUUAUUGUUCUGGAGAUUAGAAUGCAAUGUCGCAUGGCUUAUCUGAGGCGACCGGUACCGUUUGGGGCCCAAUCAGUACAUUCAGUACUAAAACGACAAUGGCAGCAAGUCGUCGCGUCGUCACGUUGCUGGUUCUGCUAGGGGCAACCCUUCAGAAGGCGAAAGCGGAAGAAAAACCCGGUGAAUUCUACUCGUCCUUGCUGAGCAUGGAACAUUUGUUGGACAGCGAGAAAACGAUCCUAAAACGACUGGAACAGUUCAUUCGAUUGUCGGAGCAGAAAAUAGAGUUCCUAAAAGGGCAGCUAGCAAAGUUGGAAAGUGACAUCGAAGAUACUUCGAAGAACCGGAUUGCAUUUCUAUCGAAUCCAAUCAAUGCAUUUCUGAUGAUGAAACGCCUUGUGGUAGACUAUGCCCGAAUGGAUGAAUACAUGCAGUCGAAUGUGGGCGUGUCGUUGAUUGAUAAUUCAACUAUCCUACCGGCCUAUGAAGACUACAUGGGAGUGGCAGAUGCAAUUGCCAAUCUUCAGCACGUCUAUCAGCUCGAUACAGUCGAGCUGGCUGCCGGAAUAAUUCGUGGCCAGUCCACUGUCAGAGAGUUGACAGCCGAUGAAUGUUUCAGUAUCGGUGCGGUCAUGGGUCAAGUGAAACAAUUCAAGUAUUCUGCUUUUUGGUUAGAGGAAGGACUUCGACGAUGGGACCUGGAAGAGAAGCCUGUGGUAAGUAAGCAGGAAAUUUUGAAUGUUUUGUCCUACUCCCUGGCAGAGGAAGGUCACUAUGAGGAAGCAAUGAAACGAACGGAUCAAUUGCUUGAAAUGAUCCCGAAUGAUGUUGGCGCUCUUCAGAAAAAGGAAGUUCUAGAACAAUGGCUGCAGUACGUUGAAGAGCAUGGACCAAAGCCGAGUACCGACGUCGAUCGAGGAUUGUAUGGGGCACUAUGCCGGGGAGAGCACCAAAGACCGGUCGCUGACUGGUCCAUGUUGCGAUGCCGGUACGAAUCCAGCAAGACUCCUUUUAUUCGGAUUGCUCCGUUCAAACUGGAAGAGGUAAGCUUCGACCCGCUGAUUGAAGUUUACCACGAUGUGUUGUCCGAAGAGGAGAUCGAAAAUUUACUGUAUUGGGCAAAGCCUAAAAUUAGGCGCUCGAAGCUGGGCAUGAAAGAAGAAGUGUCAAACUCAAGAAUUAGUCAAAACGGUUGGUUGCGUGACGGUGACCAGCCUCUAGUAAGGACAGUGACCCUUCGAACGAUGGACAUCAGUGGUUUGGACGAUAAAGGCUUUGAGGCGUUGCAGAUCAACAACUACGGCAUCGGAGGUCAUUACCUACCGCACUAUGACUGGGCACGACAGGAUGGCGAUGUUCCGCCGUUUGAGAAAAUUGGAUUAGGAAAUCGAAUCGGCACGGUGAUGUAUUAUUUGAGUGACGUCGAACAAGGAGGAGCAACCGUUUUCCCUGUACUUGGAGUUGGUGUGUUCCCGAAGCGAGGAUCGGCCAUUUUCUGGUACAACCUACAUCAUAACGGAACCGGGGACAGAAGAACGCUGCACGGGGCCUGUCCGGUAUUGCUCGGAUCCAAGUGGGUUGCCAAUAAAUGGAUCCACGAAUACCACCAGGAGUUCAGACGACCUUGUGAACUACAUUCCGGAAUACAGGAACAAAUAAAUGACACAUGAGACACAAUA